AUGAGCCGCAACUAUUCACGUGAUUGUUAUCGGCGGCGAGCCGGCAAGCACGUACUACGAACACCACCAGACGACGAUCUCUCGUCGACAUCUGCCCUCCAAUCGAGCGCUGUUGUCCGGCAUCGAGCACCGUCGUCCGACAUUAUGCACCAUCAGUCCGUCCGACCACCGGCCAGUCAUCUUCAGUUCUUCACACUACUCCAUUAUUUGAGAAAACAAGCAGGGAUUCAACCAAAUCAGAUUGUUUUAAGAUACGAGCAUGAGAAAAAAACACUAAAAGCUCUUAUAAAAGCAGCCUCAAAAAUCAGUUUGACCACUAAUUUUUGGAAGUCAUCUCAUCAGAAGAUUGAGUACAUGGUUAUCAAAGGGCACUUUAUUGAUCAUAACUGGAGAUUGCAAAAACGUGUCUUGAGUUUUGUACAUGUUCUUCCUCCUCGUACCGGACUCGAUAUUGCUAAUGAUGGUCUUGCUAUGAUUGAUUCUGUUAUCGGGGAAGUUCGUGAGGGUAUAAAAUAUAUUAACAAUUCUGAGGCGAGACUUCAAACAUUUUCAAAUAUUGCACAUCAACUGCAAAUACAAGAUAGAAAGUUAUUGCUUGAUGUUCCAACACGAUGGAAUUCAACCUAUGAUAUGUUGCCGGUUGCAUUAAAAUUUAAAGAUGUUUUCCCAAGAUUUGCGGAGUACGAGCGACAUUUCCAUCACCUGCCUAAUGAUGAGGAGUGGGCGUAUGUGGAGAGUGUAUGCACAAAUGUCAUUUCUGGAAGUGAUUAUCCAACAUCCAAUCUGUAUUUGAUUGAGGUGUUUAGAGUAAAAGAAACUUUUGAUAAAGGUGUUCUAUCAAGAAAUGAUUUCAUUAGGACUAUGGUGACUAAGAUGAAGGAGAAGUUUGAAAAAUAUCGAGGGGAGUUCCAUCUUGUUAUGGCUAUAGCUUCAAUGUUAGAUCCAAGAUUCAAAAUGAAGUUAGUAGAAUUUAGUUUCCCAACCAUAUACUCCAAUGCUGAAAAGAACAUUGAAGAAGUGAAGAAAGCACUUUAUGAAAUGUAUGAGGAGUAUUUGGAAAUACAUGAUGCAUCAGUCUGA